GAUGUAAUCGGUGAUCUUUGGCUUCCCCUUUGAGGCAAACUCAACCGAUACCCGAGUAACCGAUCAGAAGUUGCGCGCCCUGUCCCUGACCACAGCAGCGUUCAAUUGUCCAGGUAUUUCCGCCUGUCAGCUGCUAGUCGAAGCGGGAUGCAACCCGACUUGGCUUUCUCCUCCCGCCGGUCACCUGUUGUGUGUUUGCACGGCUGUGUGGCAUCGAGCCAGCCGCUAGCUACUGGUAUAGGACUAGACAUCUUAAAGCGUGGCGGUAAUGCAGCAGAUGCUGCGGUCGCCAUAGCAGCAGCGCUAGCGGUAACCGAGCCAUGCAGCACCGGCCCUGGUGGAGACGCCUUCUGCUUGUUCUUCAACGGAAACACUGGAGAGAUCAGAGGAAUAAACGGCAGUGGUCGUUCGCCCAGAGCUCAGACCCUGGACUUGCUGGAAGGACGUGGUUACACCUCAGAAGGACCUCCCUCGCCUGCUGAUGCCUUGAAUGUCACAGUACCAGGCGCCCCUGCAUGUUGGUGUGAUACCGUACAGCUGUUUGGUAGUCAUAAGGUUUGGUUGUCCAAAAGAUUCUCCUCACUCAAAGCCAUGACUCACACUUAGUGCUGAUUUCCUGUUGCAGAGAUAACGGCUCACCACUGGGCCAAAUGGGUGGCUGCUCUGAGAGAUCAUGGGAAGGAGCUAGGGGGAGACCUGCUAAUCGAUGGUCAUGCCCCCAAAUGUGGACAAGUUUUCAAAAACCCAACUAUGGCCCAGACCCUGAAGGAGCUCGGCGAGCGUGGAAAACCAGCUUUCUACCAGGGCAGAGUGGCUCAAGCGAUAGUCGAGAUCAUUAACCAGAAUGGAGGCGUUAUGACCCUGGAUGAUCUCAGUAGCCAUGACAGUGAGGUCAUCACCCCCAUAAGCACAGAAUACAAGGGUGUGCGUCUGUGGGAGCCGCCUCCUAACAGUCAGGGGUUGACUGCUCUGCUGCUGCUCAACAUCCUGGAGAACUUUCCUCUCAAAGCUGCAGGCCAUAACAGCUCUGACUACAUCCAUGUACUGGUGGAGGGUGUGCGCUUGGCACUAACUGAUGCCCUGCAUUACCUUGGUGACCCAGAUCAUGUGACCAUCCCUCUGAAAAGCUUACUGGAAAAGAGCUACAGUCACCAGCGAGCGCAGCGCAUUUGCAUGGACAGGGCCAUGGAAGGACUGGAGCCCGGCCUGUCAACAGGAAGUGACACAGUUUAUUUCUGCGUGAUCGACAGUCAGGGCAACGCCUGUUCCUUUGUCAACAGCACCUACAUGGGCUUUGGAAGUGGGCUCGUCCCUACAGGUUGUGGAUUCUCCCUGCAGAAUCGCGGUGCCUACUUUUGUCUGCGUCGUAACCACGUCAACAGCGUUGCCGGGGGGAGGCGUCCAUAUCACACUUUGAUAGCUGCACUUCUCACUGACUCUGCAACCACGUCACAAAAACCACGUCUCCUCGCUGCACUGGGGCUGAUGGGCGCAUUGAUGCAACCACAAGGACAUGUCCAGGUGUUGUUGAACAUGCUUGAGUUUGGGAUGAAUCCUCAACAAGCUCUGGACGCGCCAAGAGUCUGUGUACAGCAUGACCACAAAACUGAUCAGUGGUCGGUUCAUUUGGAGGAAGGGAUCAGCCAGGAGGUAGCGGAAGAGCUGAGGAGACGCGGCCACAAAGUCUUCUGGCCAAUCAUAGGCCACAUGAGGUCUCAGUUUGGGCGAGGGCAGAUCAUCACGGUCGGUGAAUGGUGGAGCCCAUCUGUCGAUCAAGCUGGUCAUCCAUCCAGGGUGCUUUGGGCGGGAUCAGACCCCAGAGCAGAUGGAUGUGCUCAGGGAUACUAGAGACAA